GGUUCCAGUGAUGAACUAGUGGCCCACUACACAUUAUUCGCUAUCUUUCUUUUAUAUUAUCCUAUAAUUAACUGUAAUUUACUUAAAGUUUGUUAAUCACUUUUCAACUACCUUCUUUUGAACAAUUAAUUUCAUAUAAUUUCACUGUCACCUUAUUAUGGAGGAUCUUAAGAAGUCUCUAAGGGAUGUAUCCGAAAUGGUGUCUGCCAAAAUGGAAGAGUUCCAGCAGCGCCUUAUUGCAACGCAGAGUAGGUCCCCUUCGCUGGAACAAACUCCUCUUGCUAAGGAGUUCGAGGUAUUUAAAAGUUCAGUUCUCUUUUGCCUUGAGAAUCUCCAGGCUCAAAUGGCGAUGCUAUUUAAAGUACAGGACGAGCAGGAGAUGCGCAGCAGGCGAAAGUGUCUGUUGCUGCAUGGGGUUAACGAAACAAAGGAUGAAAGUUCAGGCUCCAUAGCUAAGAUGAUAUCCGUCCUACUUAAGUGUCCCAACUUAACAGAGCAGAGCCUCACCAGGUGUCAUCGAUUGGGAAUUAUAUCCAGAGAGAAGCCUAGGCCAAUCUUAAUAAAGCUUCGAGAGCAUGACGAUAAAUUAAGGAUCUGGGCUGCCAAAACUAGUCUUAAAGGCACGGGCAUAACCUUGUCUGAGUUUUUAACUAAAUCAAGGCACUCUUUAUUUAUGGAGGCGAGAAAGCGGUUUGGUGUCACGAAAUGCUGGACCAGGGAUGGACGGGUACAAGUGAUAGGGGCUGAUGGGAAACUUCGACGCAUCUCUUCACUGAAGGAACUGGAUACAGUCCCAGACAGCAUCCCCUUAUCGUCCACCACCGAUGAUCCAAGGCUGAGAGGAGACAAGACCUGUAACAAGAAGGGUUCAAAGAAGGUUUAAUAACUUCCAUAUGUAUUAUGUGUACUUAUGGUUCGUGUGUGCGUUUAAUUUUAACUUCUUCUUGGUUUCUGGGCAUAAGUUUAAAGUGAUAAAUAGUUCUCUGUCAAUUACUUAUUUGAUUUCUCACAAUCUUCACCUUGUCUUGUUUAUUUAUUGUUAUUUAGUUAUUACAGCUCAGUGACAGAUACCUAGCAAACUUUAUGUGACACUGUCAAAGUUUGUGAUUGUCAGCGAGGGAUAGUUUGUAUUGUCCGUCCACAGAUCAUUAAAUUAUUCUCUCAUAAUAUUGUACCACGUCUUAAUCUGUGUGUUCUCGGA